UGGUGGCCAGGGGGAGAGGGUCGCUGCUAUGUACGGUAUCUAGCCCCCCAGCGCUCCAGGUCUGUCAGGUCUGUUCUUUCCCUUUGUCUCGGCUGGAGAGAGGUAGCAAGGGAGUGAAACAGGGAGAGAGAGGAUCGCUGCUUCCUAAACAAGCCUUGGGCAUUGGACUAUAGAGGACUGCUUGGAAGAAGACUCAAGGAAAUUUAUACUAUAAUUUAAGGGCAACGUGCUAUUCUACACCUCUCUAUCUAUUGUUUAAAAAAAGAAGUAUUUUUCCAUUUUGGGGAGUUUAUUGACCUUCCUCAGCCACAAGUACUCUUGUGGAGGCCGUAUCUAGUGAUUAAAGGUUACUCUGUGAUUCUCGGGGUGUGUGGUCGUUCAUAACACGUCCCUAGACCAUGCUUGCCCUGUGGCUGCUCCUGCUCCCGUGCCUGUCUCUGUCGCCGCUCGUUCAGACCGAGAAGGGACUGGAGUUUCCUCGCUAUGACGGGAAAGACAGAGUCAUCGACAUCAAUAACAAGAACUACCAGAAGGCCAUGAAGAAGUACACCAUGAUGUGUCUGCUGUACCACAAACCCAUCCCUGAUGGGAAGGAGCUGCAGAAACAACACCUGAUGACUGAGAUGGUGCUGGAGCUGGCUGCUCAGGUUAUGGAGGAAAAGGAGAUUGGGUUUGGAAUGGUUGACUCCCACGAAGACACCAAGGUUGCCAAGAAGCUGGGCCUGGUGGAAGAGGGCAGUGUGUAUGUGUUCAAGGCAGACCGUGUGAUUGAGUUUGACGGCAUGCUCUCUGCCGACACCCUGGUGGAGUUCCUUCUAGACCUUUUGGAGGAGCCUGUGGAGGUGAUAGGAAAUGCUCUGGAGCUGAGGGCCUUCGACAGGAUGGAGGAAGACAUCCGCCUCAUUGGAUAUUUUAAGAACGAGGACUCAGAACACUACAGUGCGUUCAAGGAGGCUGCAGAGCAGUUCCAACCCUACAUCAAAUUCUUUGCCACCUUUGAGAAAGCUGUGGCCAAGGAGCUGACCCUGAAAAUGAACGAGGUAGAUUUCUACGAGCCCUUCAUGGAGGAGCCUGUCACCCUCCCUGACAGACCCAACUCUGAGGAGGAGAUCGUGGCUUUCGUCACUGAACACAGAAGGCCAACACUGCGAAAGCUGCGUGCUGAGGACAUGUUUGAGACAUGGGAGGACGUUGUGGAGGGGAGCCAUAUAGUGGCCUUCGCAGAGGAGGAGGACCCUGAUGGUUAUGAGUUCUUGGAGCUGCUGAAGGAGGUGGCUAGAGACAACACCCACCACCCUGGUCUCAGCAUCAUCUGGAUCGACCCUGAUGACUUCCCACUGCUUAUCCCCUACUGGGAGAAGACCUUCCAGGUGGACCUGUUCAAACCUCAGAUCGGCGUGGUCAACGUUACUGACGCUGACAGCAUCUGGCUGGAGAUGGAAGAACAAGAUCUGCUCACAGCCCAGAAGCUGGCGGACUGGAUAGAGAACGUCCUGUCGGGCAAGGUCAACACAGAGGAUGAUGAUGACGACGACGACGAUGACGACUCUGAUGAUGACUCUGAUGAUGACGACGAUGAUUCAGAUGACUCUGAUGAUGAAGAAGACGACGACGAUGAUGAAUAAUUCAAAACCUGUGAAUUUGUCAUCUAGAAUUAAUAACAUUGUUGUAUAGUCUCUUUACUGUACUAUCAUCAAAGUUUAGGGUGAGAGAAAUAGACCUAAACGCUUUUAUAGAAUAUUUUGUACAACGUGUCUGGCCUAAGUCAACCGCUCUGCAUUAUAAGAAAACCCAUUAACAGCAUUUGUUUUUCAUGAAUCUGGAAAAAGAUCUGUUGAUAAACUGAAAUCAAUCUGAAAAAGAGAAUUAACAAUGUGCUGACAAACAGAGAUACUUGAGAAGAACCUAAACAGAACUUUCCAUCCUUCACUUAAUUCUACUAAUUGAUGAAAAUGGUUGGCGACCAAGACAAAGACAUAAAUCAAAAUGUUGUUUGAUCAAUGGGGCGGCAGGUAGCCUAGCGGUUAGAGCCUUGGGGCAGUAACCGAAAGGUUGCUAGAUCGAAUCCCCGAGCUGGCAAGGUAUAAAUCUGUCGUUCUGCCCCUGAACAAGGCAGUUAACCCACUGUUCCUAGGCCGUCAUUGUAAAUAAGAAUUUGUUCUUAACUAACUUGCCUAGUUAAAUAAAAAAACAUCUGUGAACGUCUGCUGUACACUAUACUAAACCUCAAUAAAGUGUGGUAUCUUUGUGUAUUUUGCGGUCUCCAAACCAUGCCCUCUAAUGCAUGCUUUGUGUGUAGAUAAUUGCAUUUUUAGGUUUGGAUUUCAGUGCACACAGUCCCUUCUCUCCAUGCCACAGUGGCUAUAUCUUUGUUAUUACUAUUGGGUCCCGUCUGGCUCCGUUGGCAGAGCAUGGUGUUUGGAAUAA